UGUCGAUUGACGGAAAAUUUUCAUUAUGGUGCACUGUUUACGAUUCGUGGUAGAAAAGAUGUGAUUUUUCCUAAAAUUAACGAUUGUGCUCAGUUCCAAAGAGAGUCUUUAUGAAAUCUCACGGUGUUGGUAGAAGCGGAAGACGAGCUUUAUCCAUCUGUAAAUUAUCCGGAUUAUGAGAAAAGUGUGAAUCAAGUGGCAUUAAGAUGAUGAGAUACUCAGAGAUCCCCCAUGAUUUUUCAUCGGAUAGUCUUCAUUUUGCAGAGAUCACUGAGGAACAGAUGUUUCUAAACACUCGCGACGAAUCACCUUCUAGUGACUUGUCAUCCCAUAGUGGACCAGCUCUACCACUAAUUGGAAGCUCUGGAUCUACGGAUAAAAAGUUUACAGAUUACUCUCAAAUAAAACAUCAUACUCUAUCGAGGGAUCCACGGGUGAAGAAGCUCUCAUUGGGAUGCAGUAAUACCACUCUUGGUAGUUCUGGUGGACACGAGUAUGGCUACAUUAAUCAUGGCCUCAUUACGUCGAAAAAGUCCAACAGUCUACCAACGAAUUCAACAAUUCAAGAAUUUGAUACACAAACAAUGAGCGCUCUUCGGCUAUCACCAGAAGACAUUGCUAGCCAAAUAACUCUUUUGGACUUUCCGAUUUUUGCUGCCAUUCAACCGGAUGAGCUAACGAGUUGUGCGUGGACGAAAAAGAACAAGAUCACUGUGACGCCGAAUAUCGUGGCAUUUACAAAGCGCUUCAAUCACACAAGCUUCUGGACUGUUCAGGAAAUUCUCAAUGGUGCAACACCCAAAAUCCGUGCUGAACUCAUUGGACACUUUAUUCGUGUGGCAAAGAAGUUGCUUGAACUCAAUAAUCUGCAUUCCCUAUUUGCCAUUGUGUCUGCUCUGCAAAGUGCUAGCAUUUACCGACUAGUUAAGACUUGGGCAUGCCUCAGUCGCAAGGAAAAGCAGACUUUUGAUCGACUUGCCGAUAUUUUCAAUGAUCGCAAUAAUUGGGCUAAUUUGAGGGAAUACUCUGAAAGUCUGCGAGUACCAUGUAUCCCAUAUAUAGGACUCUUUCUCACCGAUCUCAUCUACAUUGAUCUGGCUUUCCCGCAUAAGGGCAGUGGUUUGGAGCCUGAACAACGCAAGACUCAGAUGAAUAAUAUCUUGAGGGUAAUCUCGAAUUAUCAAGGCUCAGACUAUGGGCACAUCCCUGUCAUGACACAUGUUCAAAAGUACCUACAAAGUGUGAGAUUCAUUGAGGAGCUCCAGAAUAUUUUUGAGGAAGAUCAAUACAAAAAAUCCCUCAAAUUGGAGCCAUCAUCAUCUGUGCCUAGUUCUUCAUCUUGUUGUAUACCAUCAAAGGAGCAAAGGACACACAGUGUGGAUUCUGUGGCUAUUGCUUCGUUAAAUCUCUCUCCGGCUAAAUCUGUCUCUGCCACGAGAUCUUCUAGUGCGGCUUCUUCAACGGCAAAAUUCGUUCCGGGUCAUAGGAAAAGUCGGAGUCUUGGAACAAAAUGUCGUAGUACGAGUUUACCACGGAAUUUUCAUCAACAAGAAUGUGCUUGUUCGGGGUUUUCUGUGGCCAAAACUCUUCCAACAAACUCAUGCAAGUGUCGCAUCUUCAGUAAAACAUGCCAAAUAGGUGUGACUCCGAUGACAAAUUCCUGUUCUGAAUCUCUCGACGCACCUUCGUAUUCUCAUCUAUCGAGGCAUCUUUUGGAUGAUUCAGUACUGGAGGAUAAGGCACUUCCAGAUGCAAUAUCAACGGGCAGUUCAGAUGGGGUUUUUGGUACAUUCGACAUGGAUAGUGAUACCACACAUGAAUCUCUGGAAUUCCAGGGUUGCAUCCGUCGUAAGACUGUACUGAAGGACGGAAGGAAACCUGCUGUGGCUUCUUGGCAGCGGUAUUGGUUGCAAAUCUGGGCUAAUUCCCUUGUUUACUUUCCACCGAAAUCUUUUAAAGGUAACGAGAGGAGCGAUUUUAAACAAGAACCAUGCAAAGUAUGUCCUUUGGAUGGCUGGUGUGUUGAGCAAGUUGAAAAUAUUCAGCAAGCUAAUACGUUCCAACUAGUUAAUGUGGCUACGAGUACAAUCUACAAAUUUCGCACAAGCUCACCAAAAUUCACAGCACUGUGGCUUGAUUCGCUAAAUCGAAUCUCAAGGCAAGAUGUUGAGAAGCAACUUCCGGUGAAUUUAAUGUCAUUUGAAUAAAAGAAUCUCUCUUUGUUUUUCAUAAAACAAGUAUUACAUACAAGAGUGUUUUUUGUAUCAUUGGAUAAUUUUAAGUUUUUACCUUCACUCAGAACUAUGUUGUAUAUAUACAAAACACUACCAUACAUAUGUAUAUUGGAAAGAAUCCUUUAUCGAAAAAAAAGUGUCAUAAUCAGUAGAUUGAAUGGAAAAAACAAUAAAGUUAUGCUGAUCUUGAUGAAAAAAUAAAUAAAUCACGCCUAACAUUUGUGCAAGCUUUGACAUACAAUUUCAAAAUGAAUUUUAGAUACCUAAUGGAGUAAUCUCUAAUAAAUCUACUACCGGAAGACUGAAUGUAUCUCUUAUCUCACUUUCCACAUAAAAUGCAUUAUGUACCUAAAAAAAAAUAUGUAGCAUAUCCAUGACUUUAUUCAAAAAUUGAUUUUCUCAUUAAAUUAAUACUGAAAUUUUAUGUAUAGUUAUGAGUUUUGAUUUUUUAUUAUGUUACAAUAACUUUACAAAAUAAAUGUACAAUGUGUGCAGAAAAUUUAAA